CAGUUCUCGGAUGAUAACCGGGCAGGGAAGUGAGCUAGGAGGAGCAGCGGGGGAAAAAAGGGCAAGGAGAAGCGUGCUGAGGACGAGGAAGAGGAGAAAGAGGAGGAAGAGGAAGAGGAGGAGGAGGAGGAGGAGGAGGAGGAGGAGGAGGAGGAGGAGGAGGAGGAGGAGGAGGAGGAGGAGGAGGAGGAGGAGGAGGAGGAGGAGGAGGAGGAGGAGGAGGGGGAGGAGGAGGAGGAAGAAGAGGAAGAAGAGGAGGAUUAGGAAGUGGAUGCCAAAUGGAGGAGGAGGAGUAGAAGUAGAACGAGGAGGGUAGGUGGAGGUGUAGGAGGAGGAGUAG